AUGGCCUCUCCCCGCCAUCACCACCGGAGAUCACAGGUCAACGAUCCACGCGGAAAGGUUCACAAACAUACCUGGUCACUCUCCUGGUUUCAUUACAUCGCUUCUCAUCUCACUCAGCUUCCUCCCGGCAAUCUAAUUGCCUUCAAAAUGGCACCGAUACCCCCACCACACCUCCCUCGUGUCAUCACUUACUAUCAAACUCACCACACGCCAUCCGGCGACCCCAUUUCUGUCCUCCCUUUGCUUCAACACUCCCCAGUCCAUCUCACUCACCUCAUCCUCGCCGCGAUUCACAUCAACGAGGACCCCAACGCCCUCACCCUAAACGACCACCACCCCUCCCACCCCCGCUUCCAAACCCUAUGGGCCGAACUCCGCAUCCUCCAAGCCUCCGGCAUCAAAGUCCUAGGCAUGCUAGGCGGAGCAGCCAAAGGCUCCUUCACCCGCCUCGACUACCCCUCCUCCACCCCCGACUUCGAAAAAUACUACGCCCCUCUAGCCGCCCUCAUCAAGGAGCAAUCCCUCGACGGCCUAGACCUAGACGUAGAAGAGGAAAUGACCCUAGGCGGUAUCAUCCACCUUAUCGAUCGUCUCCGCUCCGACUUCGGCCCAGACUUUAUCAUCACUCUCGCCCCCGUGGCAGCAGCAUUGCUAAACCAUCAACACAACCUCAGCGGGUUCGAUUACGAAGCGUUGGAGGUCAUGAGGGGCAGGGAGAUAAGCUGGUAUAACACGCAGUUCUACUGCGGGUGGGGUGACUGCUCCAACCCGGUCAUGUACGAGAUGCUGCUCGUCAAGGGGUGGGACCCGGAGAAGAUUGUGGUUGGGCUGGUGACCAACCCGGAAAACGGGGGUGGGUUCGUCCCCUUUGAGGUGUUGGGAAACGUGAUACCUCUGCUGGCGGGGCGGCACCCGAGGUUUGGUGGGGUCAUGGGGUGGGAGUACUUCAACAGUUUGCCGGGCGGCAGGGAGAGGCCUUGGGAGUGGGCGGAGCUGAUGGGGGGUUACCUGAGGGGUAGGAGGAGCGUGGACGAUCAGGGCCUGAAGCAGGCCGAGGAGGAUGUCAAGCGACUGAGAGAGAAGGCGGAACAGGAGCGGAAACGAGGAGCGGCGGCUGAUUCGGAUGGUGAGGACGGGAACGAGGUUCAGGUUCCGGUGCCGAGAGAUUUCGAGUAUCACUCGGAUGGGCUAUUGGAGGACGAGGAAUCAUCAGAGCUACCAUGA